AAUUACCUUUGCUCGAGUACGCCGUAAUGGAGAAUCCACGUCGCGCAAGGAAGCAAUAUCUACGGAGUCGAGAUGCCAUUCCGAUUCUCGUUUGUCUGCCACUGUCCAAUAUCGACGGAAUAUUUAACGAGCUCAAGGGAGGAGCAUUUUCUGCAUGUCAGUCACGUGCCUGUCCAACAUCCGGUCAUAGCUUCCUGCCGGUGCGCGUCUCCUUCAGGAUUGGCGCCUAUUUUUGUAUUUCUCGUUCGAUCGUCGAGACGUACAAAGAAGAUGUUUUCUCACGACUGCAGCAGUUUCCAAUGACGGAAAAUAGAACAGGCCCGCAGACGAUAGAGUUUCUGACGAAAAGGAUAGUUGCUCUUGGAGCCGUACAAUCUGGACAAUUUCUCGUCGAUUGUGAAACUUACAUGUCGGUUCCGCAAUUGGGUGUUCAAAGAACCGUUCAUGUACUACACAACUCGGAACAACCAGCCUCUGUUUUCGCUCUUCUCGAGUCUGGCAAUAAGAUAGUACCAUUGAUCGCAGAUGGUCUCUUCGAUCUUCUGAUGAUGAAGAUGACGAGCAUUUAUACGAGCAAAAAACAAACCAAGAUCGAAUCUAAGGGCCCACGCUUUGAGAUUGGGGACUUUUGCGUCAAACUCGGCAGCGUCACGAUGAGCCAGAAUUUCAAGGGUAUCCUUGUCGAAGUCGAGUAUAGACCCUGUGUCAUUCCGGGAAGUGCCUGGGAACUUCUGCGAGAGUUCCUUCAAGGAUUUCUUGGUUCCGCUGUAUCGAAUCAAGCUCCUCAAUACUUGCAAAAUCGAAUGAAUGAGAUUUAUCAACCGAUGGAUACGAUACAACAGUACUUGGAACAUUUUGGACAAUAUAGAAAGGCAACUGGAGUAAAUCCAAACACUACUAUAGGUGCCAUUAAACAACAAUUAUAUGAACUAAAAAAGGCACCUUAUGUACAAAGACAAAGUUUAAGAUUAGAGGCAAAAGGAAAAGCUCUAACAGAUUCAGAAACUGUAAAAUCUUUAUCUUUGCGGCUUGAUGCUAAAUUAUACUAUAAAGAUUUGGGUCCACAAAUUGGAUGGAAAACUGUAUUCUUAGUGGAAUACGCGGGACCCCUAAUAGUAUACCUUUGGUUGUAUCAACGUCCUUGGUUAUUCUAUGGUGAUGUUGAAAAUACAAAAAUACAUUCUGUGGUCAACAUUGCAGCUAUCUGUUGGACGAUACACUAUGCCAAGCGUUUAUUAGAAACAUUAUUUGUACAUCGUUUUAGUCAUGCUACUAUGCCUUUACGUAACCUCUUCAAAAAUUGCUCAUAUUAUUGGUUAUUUGCAAUGUAUGUGGCAUAUCAUAUCAAUCAUCCAUUGUAUACACCACCAAAUCAGUUAUAUUUUUAUGCGGGAUUAGUCAUGUUUGCUUUUUGUGAAUUGGGUAAUUUUUUCAUUCACAAAGCAUUAAGAAACCUCAGGCCAGCAGGGACUACAAUUAGAAAGAUUCCUGUGGCUACAGGAAAUCCAUGGACAGUACUAUUUAAUUUUGUCUCCUGUCCAAAUUAUACAUAUGAAAUUGGCAGUUGGAUUGGUUUUACCAUUAUGACUUCAUGUCUUCCAGCUGGACUAUUUACCUUGGCUGGUGCUUACCAAAUGACCAUGUGGGCAUUAGGAAAACAUAGAGCAUACAAGAAAGAAUUCUCUCAAUAUCCCAAAGACCGUAAAGCUAUUUUCCCAUUUAUACUUUAAUAUAUUUGAAAAGGCAACCAACAUUCCAAAUACCUUGGAUAAGGUAUUUUUAAUGAAUUUGCCAAUAACGUAGGUAACAAUGUAUAAAUGUAUUUCUUUUACCUUUGGUAUCUAUUAUUUUUUUCAAUAAACACUUCUUGCUUUA